AUGGUCCCCAAGGCCACCAAGUCCUUCCCGAACCCACCCCCAAUGUCGAGCAGUAUCCCUGCCUCGAACCUUACAGACGCCAGGCCAUACGCCGACUACACUCAGAGCGGUACCAUUGUCGUGAUUAGCCAGCCCCCAGGGCAGUCAUGCGCCGUCGUGGGGGGCAUCAUGGCGGCUCGCAUGCAGCAUCUCGGCGCAGAGGGCGUCGUAGUCGAUGGGCGCGUGAGGGACAUCACUGCUCUCAACCAGACAGGAUUGCCCAUCUGGUCCAGGGCGACAUCUGUCAUCGGGGCGGGGGCGGAGACCAAGUUCCACGCACACAACGUGCCUGUGAGGAUUGGUGAGACGGUUGUCGAGGCCGGAGACAUCAUCAUGAUAGAUCCAUUCGAGAACGGCGUGGUCGCGGUGCCACAAGGAAAGGUAGACGAGCUACUCGAGCUGCUGCCGAGGCUGAUCGAAGCCGAUGAGAAGGUAACUGCAGACGUGGGGCAGGGCGUCAGUGUAGAAGAGGCCUUCAAGAGGCACCGGACCCCCAAUUGUCGCGGAGCAUUCACAAUGGGUAUCACCGACUUCUUCACCGACGUUUGGGAGACCUUCUCCCACCCCUCGGCCGACGCCGAUCACCCCGUCCAAGGUGGCACCAGCACCAAGUCACCCGCGUCCGGCACCGACGAGGAGAGCGGCAAGGAGGCCGAAGUAAACAAGCAGGACGCAAAAUCGGGCGCCGACUCGGGAGAACAGGGACACAAGCCUUCCGAGGAGCCCGAGGACGAGGAUGAGGAGGAAGAGGAGGAGGUGCCAGACCCAAAGGAGACACUUGAGAAGGAAUGCGCUGAAUCCAAGGAGUGCCACGGUCCGAAGCACCACUACGACGAAUGCGCCCAACGGGUAACAGGCCAGAUUGAGAACAAUGGCAAGGCCGACGAGGAUUGCGUUGAGGAGUUUUUCCACCUCGCCCACUGCGCAACCCAAUGCGCCGCCCCCAAGCUCUUUGCUCAGCUCAAGUAAACCAACCUACCCUCCAGGCACACUUUCCCGUACCAGCGUAUAGAUAGUGCAUCAGGGACAGCCAUUCGAACUGCGUGCAAACGAUCAAGAUAUGAUGGAUGACUGUAAAUACCAGACUCAUGUUUAGAAAUAUCAUUGUACUUCUAUCUCUACUACCUAGCCAAAACUCAC